GUCACUAAUAUCUGUCGAUCUUCCGUCAUUUGGGAAAGGCUUGGUCGCUGUUGAAUUUUAUAAAAAAAAUAUACGAAUUCCUCAAAUACCUGUCGAAUUUGUGUUUCUGUUUUAUUCUACCUAAUAAUAUAAGUCUUUGAGUGUGUAAAAUAGACGCGUAAAAAUGUCUUCAGCAUCAGCAGCGGAAGAAAUUGAUGAGGCGAAAGAACGGGAGCAUUUUCGCGCCGUUGUCACCGCUUUCAAAUAUUAUAAACUAUGCAGUUUAGACAGGAUACACAAAUCAGAGAAGAUUAUAUCAAUACUACCACAGAGCCAUCAGCGUCGCUUAGAAAAAUACAAGACGUAUUUGGCGAAAUUCAAGAAAUGUUUAGAUACGAACAAUAAUGUGGUGCAUUUAAUUAUAAAGGACGUUGAUACGAUGUUUGAAAAUGUGGAUCAUUCGGUCACUGAUACUUCGGGAACGAAUGGCGUCGAAAGCUUUGGGUGCAAUUAUAAUAAUUGUGAGAUUGCCUCGCAGAAACAGCAUAAAAUGCAACAUGAUGUUGAAAAGGUACAAUCAGUUUUAAAAAACAUAGUCCGCGAUUGGAGCGACAUGGGCGCGGAGGAGAGGAAGCAAUGCUACAAGCCCAUACUCGACGAGAUGGAGGAACGGUUCUCAUUGGACGAAUAUAGUGAUAGAUCUCAAAUCCGCGUGCUAGUCCCGGGCGCGGGGCUCGGCCGGCUCGCGUGGGAAGUAGCGGCGCGCGGCUACAGCUGCCAAGGCAACGAGUUCUCGCUCUUUAUGCUGUUCGCGAGCAACUUUAUACUCAACAGAUGCACUGAGAUUAACAAAUACACAGUGCAUCCGUGGGUGCAUCAGUACGUGAACAACAUAACGUGCGAACACCAGCUCAUAGCGGCUCGCUUCCCCGACGUCUGUCCGUCGGGGAACCGGCCCAACCAUAACUUCUCUAUGACCGCCGGCGACUUUCUUAAGGUAAGUGUUUUUUAUGGUAGUUGUUCUAUGACCAUCGUUGGUUUCUUCAUAGACUGCGCGCCCAACGUGAUCGAGUUCAUCGAGCGGAUAUACACGAUACUGCAGCCCGGCGGGUACUGGAUCAAUCUGGGACCUCUAUUGUACCACUACAGUGACAUGCCGACAGAGAACAGUAUCGAGCCGCCGUACGACAUACUGCUGGAGAUUAUAAGAGAUAUAGGAUUCGAUAUAUUGAAAGAACAGACCGGCGUGAAAACGAAAUACGCCCAAAACCCGAACUCGAUGAUGCAGCACGAGUACGACUCGGUGUUCUUCGUGUGUCGCAAGCCGUACUGUAUGUAGCCGCUACUAGUAUUACCGUUUUUAUCCAGUCGAUUAUGAAUAUAGUGUUUUAAAGGACAUUAUACUAAUACUUCGCUUCAAGCUUCCUUGUGCGAACUGCUAGGGAGUGGAACUCCUUGCCGGAGUCUGUGUUUCCUGAUGGGUAUAACCUGGGUGUCUUCAAAGCCCGAGUGAAUAGGUUGCUUAUGGACAGACGUGCUCCACCGUAGGCCGCAUCAUCACUUACCAUCAGGCGAGAUAGCGGCCAAACGUCGGCCCAUUUAAUAUAUAAAAAAAAAACUUUGACCUGAAUUUUAAGCCUUUGUCUGCCAUCAGAAAACGUGGAAGUGAAGUGUAGUCAAGAUAUUGUAGGCAAGUCCUCCGCUAACUCCGGUCACCGGUGACCUAUGUGGCAGUUAACGUAUUAAUAAUAUUUGCUUAUGUAAAAUUUUCGAGGAUCGCUCGACUAGUUUCGUGUUACACCGGAGUUCGUAAUUAUGAGUUUCAUCGGUAAGCUGGUCGAUAAAUACUGAAAACAUUAAAAAAAGUAGUAGAUUUUCAUUCAUUUAUUUUACUUUUAAUUAUGUCUCGAAGAAAUUUCGUCAAAAUCCGUUCAGUAAUUUCAGCGUGAUUGACGGACAAACAUCGAAACAUGCAAACAAACAAACUGUCACAUUUAUAUAUUUAGUAUAAUGUCCUAUAAGUCACUUGGUCUAUAAACAUAACAUGUAAUAGAAGUCUAAAGUCACCAUUUAAGAAGUCUUUAGUCAUUUAAAUGCUUGUUUUAUACUAAAUAUGAUCACUUAUGAUUAAUAAAUUAUGUUUGUGUAAGCAAAUAUUACUAUAAUAUGAUCUGGAGGCACGGCAGUGACCCCGCCAAGU